AUGGGCCUCGCCAGGAAGUGGAUCAUCUUCGCCGAGCUCUCCAUGGAGCCGCUGUCUCUCAACGAUGCACGUGCAAGCUGGCUCGUCAACAUGGCGGCUCUCGAGCUAUGCACGACUCCAGAUUUUUCUGAUGACAAGAAGGAAUUUGAAGACUCUGCUGUCUGCUCGUACCUCCUCCUCCUGUGCAUGUUGAUGCAUCGGGAGGAGGACGUGCAUGAGCUGCGAACCAAGGGUAUCCUGCAAGGAGGAGCAGGGCUCAACAACAAGAAGACACUCGACUUCUUCACCAGCCUGCAGAGCCUGCGCAAAGGACGCUGCUAUGCCCUCGUCAUGGUAGAGAUCGAGAAUUACAGGAACAAGAGGCCGUGGAUCGAGUUGUACGCGUUUCUUUACAACAACUGGAAGUACAUCGUCGCGAUUGGCUCCGCCUUUGGUGGAUUUAUCGGUAUCAUAACGGCGCUCAUGAAACUCAAGGGCGCCCAUUGA